AUGUGGGCCGCUCACUCACCACCGUCUUCAAUGUCUUACUUUCCUACCUGCUGCUCAAGCAAACCACCUCCUUCUAUGCCCUGCUUACCUGAGGGAGAAGAAGGCACCCUGUCGUGGGUGGGCACCCUGUUUGGGGUGCUAGCCAGCCUCUGUGUCUCCCUCAAUGCCAUCUACACCAAGAAGGUGCUGCCGGCAGUGGACGGCAGCAUUUGGCGGCUGACCUUCUAUAACAACGUCAACGCCUGCAUCCUCUUCCUUCCCCUGCUGCUACUCUUUGGGGAGCUGCAGACCCUGGCCGUCUUCGACAAGCUGGGCAGCGCCCACUUCUGGGGCAUGAUGACCCUGGGUGGGCUCUUCGGCUUUGCCAUCGGCUACAUGACAGGCCUGCAGAUCAAGUUCACCAGCCCCCUGACCCACAAUGUGUCAGGCACGGCCAAGGCCUGUGCCCAGACGGUCCUGGCAGUCCUCUACUUUGAGGAGACCAAAAGCUUCCUGUGGUGGACAAGCAACAUGAUGGUGCUGGGUGGCUCCUCGGCCUACACGUGGGUGAAAGGGCUAGAGAUGAAGAAAGCCCAGGAGGAACUGAUCCCUAAAGAGAGCGAGAAGGGCGAGAUGGGCGUGUGAGCCCUCCCUGCCCUGGUCAGAGAGCUUGGGAUGAG